AUGGUUUCUGUCGAAGAAGAAGGCGUUGAUAAGGCAAAAAAUGAGUUGGUUCUUGAAGAAAAUGAUUUAAUCGAAUAUCGAUACGGUUUACCACUGGACGAAAUCUACAAACUGGCAUCGAAAUACUAUCGAGAGAAGGAGAAAAGCGGUGAACUAUCGGUGCCAUACGAGAAACGUCUUCUUUUUAUGGCGUAUGCCAAACAAAUCCGUCUUGGACCAUACAACGAUAAGGCUGAUGAUUCGGGAUGGUUCGAUUUGGUUGGCAACGAUAGAAAGUUAGCCGUUAAAGAAUGUUGA